AGCCCGUUCGCUCGCGUUCUCUCGAGCGAACAACGGCGUCGCACGGCAUGUAUUUCGAGUGAUGCGGCGGUUGCGGCUGCCGCAACAGCUGAUUUUGAGAAAAUUGCGCUUGCAACGGUGCUUCCUUGCUACGUUGGCGUUUCUCGAAGCAGAUGCAGAAUGGUAGGAGGUGCGAAAUGCGUUUGAAGAGAUGAGCGAGUGUGAAUUCCGGCGUCGCUUUCGUUUCUCGAAACGUACUGUACCUUGGUUGUGCGACGAUCUCGGCCCCGUCAUCGGGUGCCAACGAACCAGUGGGAUUUAAACAGAGCGGAAGGCGUUGUGCGCGCUGAGAUUUUUGCGAUCGGAUGCUUCCAGCGAGCUGUCGGCUGCGAGGAAUUCAGCGGCCUGUCGCAGUCGUCCGUCAGGAACACGCCAUUACUGUCGUUCGCGGGCAAAAACGGUGGGUGGCCUUUUCCGGAGACCACAGACGCGAAGAGCGAACAAAGGCGGCGUUCGCGCGGCUCGGGCAGAUUCCCGUUGUGGUCGGGUGCGUGGAUGGUACGCUCAUCGCAAUCCCGAAGCCCCAUGGCCUGAGCUCCGCGGACACUACGCAUUACAUGUCGGGGAAGGGACUCUACGCAUUCAACACCACGAUCACAUGUGAUGCCGACCUCUGGAUGUCAGUCCAUGUUUCCUGGGGUCAUGUCAUGACUAGUGGGUAUGGCGGGGGAGCCCUCUCCGUCAGCACCUGGAAGCAAAACUUCGGCUUGCUUGGAGACUCCAGCUAUACAUUAGAACCGUGGUUCCUGACACCAGUGCCCGGACGACCAGCUCGUGGCACCCCUGAUAACCACUACAACAAGGCCCACACCGCCAUGCGCAAUGUUGUGGAGUGGUGCAUCGCUGUAAGCUUGUGCACAGCUGCUCAAGCAUCAUUGCUGCUUGUGCAGCUCUGCACGACAUUGCGUUGGCGGCACAUGAGCCUGUUCUCGAAGGAAACGAUGACGACACCGACGAUGCUGACUGCUGCCAGCAGCAGCUGAGCUACCACCACCACCACCACAACGGGAGCCAGCAGCAGCGCAACCGUGUAGUGAACCUGUUUCGAGAACCACAGGGCCUGCAUGCUUGAGCACCUGCGCAGAGUACGCCGCCACCUGCAACGACCUCGGCAGCAUUGUGUGGUGCCUUCCGCUGCAAUGAGGGCCCGGGCGAGGGUACCAACGCCUUGCAAUUUGUGGACCGCGUCACCGAGAAGUUGAACCUGGCGCAGCUUUCCAAUGAUGCCUGGCCCUGCC